CGCUAUCAGGGAAGGUAAGAUAUCCUAUCAGGGCUACUUUAAAUUCAAUAAUUCAGCUCUCUUCGCCAAGAAUACAAAUGCACUAAACUUCGACGAAAUUUUCUGGGAAAUGGGUCGUGAAUCAUUCAAGAAUUUCUUUGAAAAGUUCGCGAAGGCCGAAAGCGUCAGUCUCCAGCUUACAAAUGAGGUUUUGAAAGAAAGAGAUCGUUUGGAGGUCCUUAUAGAAGGUCUCAACCCCCAAAUAAAGCAGGGACUCGGAAAAAUUGAAACAAUGAGACAAGAGAAGCUAUUUUUGCAGCAACAUGAAGCAGAAAUUGAACAUAGCAAGGAGUUUGAGUUUUAUGUUCCAGUCCUGAAAGCAGAAGAAAUCCCCCUCAAAGAUACUGGAAGACACACCACUACCUGCCUGACAUGCAAUACUACCUGCCACGAAGAUUGCAAAAUUGCAGACAAUGAGAGGAAGGCACAGUGUGUCGCUAUGAACUUGAGUGGGAACUGUAGAGUAUGCUCUGGAAAGUGUAGCUGGGUAAAGCAUAAGAAUGUGCCAUACUUGAUUAAAUACCAUACGGUCAAAGAGAAAAGAACGUCUCGCGACUUGAAGGAAAAGUACGACAAAGCCGUUUCAGGGAAGUCCAAAGUAGAAGGCAUGCUCAUCCAAUUGGAAAGGUGUCUGCAACAAUUAAGGAUCGACGUGCUAUCCGACAUGUACAAAGUAAGGAUGUCCCUCAAACGCUUAGAUGAAAUUGCGUUAAAACCUAAUCCUCUCACAGAAGUACAGUACAUUGAACUUCUGAUCAAGAACGAGAAGAGAGAAGCACGACCUGGCUGGAGAGAUCGGGUGAAAGCCUUCGAAGAUUUCAAGAAGAAAGCUCAAAUGUUCACCAAAAUAAAGGAAGAACAAGAAAUUCCAAAGUUACUAGAUGAGCUUAUUCCGCUGGAAGAAAAGCAAAAGGAGGCGAAGGCAAUAUCUAAAAAAAGUGAUUUGGGAUGUGCUUUAAUGUAAAAUAAGUUGCAAUCUGUGAUUUGAACAUGAAUUAAGUAGAAAUACGUAUAGCUAAUGCCACCUCUGUUGCACCGACUGCUUGAGUCUUUUUUCACCGGACUAAGUGUGGUUAUCAUCAAAGUUUACUUUGAAAGUCUGUCUUAUUUUAUCUACUGAGUGCUAAGUUGGGUACACUUUUCUUCCUGUGGCUGGAAUGUUCCACUUUGCCUUGCUGUGUAAUAGUACAGGAUGGAACUGAGUGAUACAGAAUGAUGUCUUUGUGCUGCCAUAAAUCGAACAUGGAGGUUCGUGGUGAUGCAAGGCUUAAAUGUUCAGGGCUGCUUCUGCCCAUCUUACCAGGAGUUUUAACCCUUUUUACUCCAUGAAAACCGACUGGCUGAGACACAAACCUGCGUUGGAUAUGAGGAAUGAUGAUUCACCAUUCGGUGAAUUCGAUUAGUAACACUAGCAGAGCCAGAUGUCGAGAAGGCAUCGUGAUAGAAGCUACAGCGCUAGAUUUUAGAGGGUGAGCGAGGCUGGUGUAACGGCGCCUUAUCCGGAAUCUUUGCACGUUACGUAUAACUGGUUGCGAUGGCGAAAAUGCAGCAGCACUAGUUUUGAAGAUCGUGAUACCUUCCCAAGUGAAAACAAUUACUCGUUGAACAGAAAACACUAAGAAUACUGGGUAUAGAUGCUACGACGAAGAAGACAAAACUUACAAGAAUUUCUUCUCAUUGUUUAUGCAAUUAUGUUAGCAGAAAACAAAUGCAUUCCAUCUAAUUUCGGUUUAGGAUUUUACGCUUUGUUUGGGCUGUCUAUAAACACUCACUAGGGAUUUUGUUGAUCGAUGAAAACUGAGUCUAUCGCACUUUUGUUAUCAUUAUUUCCAGUUUUUUCUUAAUGUCGCUGAUUUUUGAUUGUCAAUAAAAAUA